AAAUUCAGCAUGGAAGUUAUUUGGGAAAACAACUAAGUACCUCGCUAUGACAUUUAAACUAGAUAGAGAAGAUAAGUGUAGAUUUGCGAAACAAGAUACCUGAAAAACGACUACAAUGUUUAGUCGUUUGGACACAACAAAGAAGAACCAGUUCCUGGAGCAAACAAAAAGUGCUCGAGAGGAGAGGGCCUAUGAGAAAAAACGAGAGGUGGCAGCCACUAAACUUCAGGCAUGGAUCCGUGGCAACUUGCACAGAAAACACUUCAAAGCAGAUAUCAGGAAAGCCUUGGAUGAGCUCCUAAAUGUACCUUCUGAUGCAGAACAAGAGUAUAAACCCCAGCUUGCCCCAGCAUUGGGAGUUUAUCAACUUAUCAAGAGGCUCUUAUUUAUCUACAACUACAAAGAAGAUACACAGAGAUUUAUUUUUCUGUGCCGGUACCUGCUGGCUGGGAUGAACUCUGACAACUUAAAGGAAUGUUAUGUUUCCAUGGCAUUGCUCAAAGCCCAUGUGUUGUCAUGGAUAAAGCAGCUCAAAGAUGUCCUCAUGCUUUGUUGUGAUCAGCUUAGGACCUUAAGACCCGAGUCCCACUCAGACAUGAAGGUCAUCACAGUCCAUCUCCACAUGCUCAUCUCAUUUACAAGUCCCAAUACCUGGAAAGUUCUGAAGGGAAAGGCAGGGGAGCCCCUGAAACCGGGAAUGAACCAGCUGUGCAAUAAUGUGAUGGGACACCUAAAUAGCAAAGGACUUUAUACUCUGUUACAGGAUGUUCUCACCAGGGGUCUCUCAAGGUCCAGGCCUGUUUUCAAACAUGCUACCUUAUCAGCAAUCAUGACGUUAGCUAUGAGGCCCCUGUUAGCCGCUGGAUUUUCAGACAAUCUCCUCUCUGCGUAUCUCUUACACAUCCUGUCUGUGCCUGCCAUCAUACACCAUGUGGCUGAAGUUGCUCCUGAGUGCAUGGAUCAGCUGGUGACAAAUCGAGUCUUUAUGAAGUGUCUUAAUCUGUUAGCUAAUGAGCAGAGCACGAGGAUCAUUUUUAACUCGCUAGAGGGAAACUACGCUCUGUGCAUGCUGGCCAACCUGAUUCAGCUAGGGGAGACAGAAAUGGAGGGCCUUGUGGACAAUGCAGCAUAUUUUAUGACAACAGUUGUGCGUUUAUUAGACUGUUGCCAGACAUAUGUCCAGAAUAAGAAGUCUAACCUCACCCACUGGCAUCCUGUACUAGGUUGGUUCUCUCAGAGAACUGACCAGUGCCUUCAUGAAGCUAUGCCUUACGUGUCUCGCCAACUACAACUACUCUGGGGCAAAAAGAUGGUGAGAAUUUUAUUUUCUGAGAUGUUUGCUCAUGUAAAGGCUGCCAAGGAAACAGCUCAGAGAAUUCAAACCACAUCUCCAUCCAAAGGAAUUCUCAAAAAGGCAAUAGAGAAAGCAUCAACGAAGAACAACACGACGAGGGUAAAAUUGGCCAGCUCUGUAGUCACGGCAACCUGUUUACCAUGUUCCAUGUACCAGACAGCAUUAAAGACUCUCACAGGACUCCGUUUGGAUAUCCUUGGGGGACUGAGUUAUCAGGAGGAACUGUUACCUAACCUGUGGUAUUUCCUACAGGACCUGGGCCCCUCGUGUGGUCUCAAAUCGUUCCUGGAGAUGCUAUACCAAGCCCCUAACUCCACCAUCCAUCCUGCCUUUAGCCUGUUAGGGCUCUUCUGUGAUCUGGCCUCCCACCUCAUCACGAUUUUAGAUGAGGUGGAAAUCUUUGAGCAGCAGAAACCUUUCUCUGUGGAAGAUUACACUAAGAUGGCCGCCUUCCUUAACCAGUUUGUCUUCAGGGUCAUCUGGUCCAACCUCAUGGAUGUGAAGACAGCCGCUCAGAAUGACGUAUUCACAGCCGUCCACACCCUGCUUAUGGUUCUCUAUGAGAGAGAUUGUCGACGAGCUUUCACCCCUGGCGAUUUCUGGAUGAUCAAGGAGGUGAAGAUGAGCGUGUUUGUUUCGGAAUUGGAAAAGGGGAGAAAGUCUGUCCAGUUUUUGAUGCAGAGGGUACCUCACGUGAUUCCAUUCAAAGAACGGGUGAUAAUGUUCAGGAAGAAUGUAGCCAAAGAGAAGGACUUGUUGGGUCUGACAGAGAGUGCGCACGUGUCCCCUCAGUCUAUCCCUGUCACUGUCCACAGGAGCAGGAUCAUUGAGGAUGGUUACAGACAAUUAGCCUUACUGAACCCAAACACUCUGAAGGGUAUCAUUAGAGUCAAGUUCAUUAAUGAGCAGGGUCUUGAUGAGGCCGGUAUUGAUCAGGAUGGUGUGUUCAAAGAGUUCCUGGAGGAGACCAUCGCUCGGGUGUUUGAUCCCUCCCUUAAUCUGUUCAAAGCCACCAGCGAGCAGAAGUUGUACCCGUCCCCGACCUCCUAUAUCCAGGAGAACCACCUAUGUUUGCUGGAGUUUGUGGGCAAAAUGCUGGGCAAGGCUGUGUAUGAGGGUAUUGUGGUGGACGUCCCGUUCGCCUCUUUCUUCCUCACCCAGAUCCUGGGCCACCAAUUCAGCAUGAACUACAGCUUCCUGGACGAACUGCCCUCUAUGGACUCAGAGCUGUACAAAAGUCUUACCUAUAUCAAGCAUUAUGAGGGUGAUGUGAGUGACCUUGAUCUCACCUUUUCCUGUGAUGAGGAUUUUCUCGGCAAAUUGAUGACCCAUGAGCUGGUGCCUGGGGGCAGGGCGGUGCCUGUAACCAAUGACAACAGGAUAAGCUAUGUCCACCAGAUGGCACUGUUUAGAAUGUACGGACAAAUCAAGGACCAAUCAGCUGCCUUCAUAAGAGGAUUUAAAUCCAUCAUCAAUUCUGAUUGGCUGAUGAUGUUCUCAGCUCCUGAGUUGCAAAAAUUGAUAUCUGGAGAUACAGUUGACAUUGACAUAGACGAUUUGAGGCGUCACACUCAGUACUACGGUGGUUACCAUAACAACCACAAGGUGAUAUGCUGGUUAUGGGACAUCCUCAACCGGGAUUUCUCACAGGAGGAGAAAGGACUUUUCCUGAAGUUUGUGACCAGUUGCUCUAAACCACCUCUGCUAGGCUUUGCAAAUCUGGAACCUCCAUUUUCCAUCAGAUGUGUGGAAGUCAGCGAUGAUCAGGACACAGGAGACACAGUAGGAAGUGUCCUGAAGGGUUUCUUCAACAUCAAGAGGCGUGACCCAAUUGGAAGACUACCCACCUCUUCCACCUGCUUUAACCUUCUCAAACUUCCCAACUAUCAGAAAAAAGGCACGCUGAAAGAAAAGCUACGCUAUGCCAUCCAUUCCAACACAGGUUUUGAGUUGUCAUGACGACCGAAGAUGAUAGUGUUUUCGUGGAGACAUUUUGUGCACACCCAUAUGAUGCUUUGUGUGUACUUGUGUUUUCACAAUGUGAAAGGGAUGUCUGUAUGACCCAAAACAUCCUUUUCUUUGUGCAGUGAGUAUGAGAGAGUCAAGUUGCAACAUUACAUCAUCAGGGUGAUAUUCCUUUUGUCAGGACGUCAUGACCAGUAUAUGAAAUAAUGAAAUUAUCCAAAAACACAACUUUAAUAUCCUGAUUUUAAUUUCUUUGCUGAAAGUCGUGUAAAAUGUAUAUUUCAGGAAAUAAGUUAUCACUUUUGGAUCAAAUUAAUUAUAGUAUAUACCUGUCUAUGUUGAAUUCCAGUGAUUGAAUAAGAUGACGAUGUCAUGAGCCACAGCAUUGUAAUGUGGCAACUCGAGAAACUUUUAGCACCAAAAUUAUGUUAUUAACCAAUUGUUAAUAACACAACAGUUUUUGAUCUCAGAUUUCUGUGUUCUUUAGCAAAACAAAGUAGUGUGUCACUCUAAUUCUACCAUUGAAAAUAACAGUGAACACUUUCAGCACAUACCACUUACAUGUACAGUUUGUAGAGUGCGUGAGCUGUGAUACAUCAACAGUUGCUUCCCUUUGUGUAAACAUUCACUCAUUCCAGUACCUAUCUUAAUACUUUAUAUUGUGACAGGAAACAAUAGUUCUUCUAUAUUUUCUGUUUUCCUCAUGUCAUUUAUUGGUAUUAAAAUUAGGUAUUGGGGUGAAAGGAAAUUUACGUGCACAAGUGCAUGUACUCUGAUGGGUACAGGUAUAAUGCAAUAUUGUGGUUACCUAUUGUGAUGAGCGUUUUUGUGAACAAUAGCCUAUACAUGUAAGUAACAGUGCCAAGACAAGCCAUGCCCUGUAGUUAACUGUUCAGGGAAUACAUGUAUCUCUUAAAGAGCUUUGAACGCUAUUUUGAGCAGUAAUACCUUGUUCACACGGCCAUGCUUUGGUUUAACCUGCGAAAAUGGCUUUGAGCCAGUUUGAUGUUGCCCAGGUGAAGAAAAAAGUGGGGUCAUUUAAUCCGAUUUAUUUGCCCAAGCUAGCGACGUCGGUUUAAGCCAGUUUCAGGGCUUGAGCGGGGUCCAGUGCCUUUCAUUGUUGUAAAUAUCCAGAAUAUUCACAAAAUUUCGUAAUACAUCAGUGUUCCAAUCAAAGGCAUUUUGUGUUGGUCAGUUAGUACUCUUCCAAAAACUCAGAUGAUAUUUUACCUUUAGGCAUCAAAUAUUUUCAUGGUUUUGCUGGUUAUUUUUGCUAGGAGCCUCUCUCACCAAUGUGGUUGCUAUGAGUUCAAGUCCACCUCAUGCUAGCUUCCUCUCCGACCAUACGUGGGAAGGUCUACCGGCAGCCUGCAGAUGAUGUGGGUUUCCCUGGGCUCUGCCAGGUUUUCUUCCACCAUGAAGUUGACUGCCGUCAUAAAGGUGAAAUAUUCUUGAGGAUGGUGUAAAACACUAAUCAAAUAAAUAAAUAAAUAAAUCAUUCAAACAAAGUGAUUGAAGUAGGAACUCAAGUGUAGAGAACAACCCUUGAAAGUUUUCUAGUCCAAAUCGGAAAAGGAGUAGGUAAUUUUAAGACACCGGUGAUCCGAGAACUGUUUUGAAUUAUAUUCGUUCAUGUAAAUAUAUGUAACUGUUUAGAGUUUUUGUGUACGUUUUGUAUAAAUCAUGUAGAAAAUUUCUGUACAUUCAUGUAUAUUCUGCCAAUUCUGA